AUGCCAGAAAGCUGCAAAGAAAACGAGAUCGAAGUGACAUCUGAACAAGCCGAAGUUUUAAUCAUAGCCGAUUCUACAGAACUAGAUUAUGAGACAGGAUUCAGUCUUCGAUACAUUCAAGAUUCUGGAAAACCUCUACCGAAACCGCCACCGUCAAUCUGGGUGCCAGGAAGUGAGAAUCGUGGUUUCCGAGGACAAACUGGCAGUGAUUCUGGAAAACCUCUGCCGAAACCGCCACCGUCAAUCUGGGUGCCAGGAAGUGAAAAUCGUGGUUUCCGAGGUCAAACUGGUAGUGGUGGUCCAAUCGAAAAGUUCAUCCUCAAUGCCAUACCGAAAGUUCGAGACCCAAAUCGUCCCUGGGAAAGCAUAGCAAGCAUUGUUACUGAAUACAGUCUGGCCAGUUUAUUUGGAGUAAGCCAACGGCGAUAAGU